AUGGUCGAUGGCGGACGACAUUCGACAGCACCAGCGGCAACGACGCUGGUCGGAGGAUGCGCUAUCGCUUGUGUACUUGUCUGCUGUGCUGUGUCGGCCGGUGCCGGUCGAAGGAGACGCCUGGUAGAACUAGAGAAGGAGAUUCAGCGCCAGGUGGAGCUGAGGAAUGCGGAGCACGCUGGGAGGAUGAAGGCCGAGAAGGAGCUCAGGGCAUUUUUUACCAGCCGAAUGGUGGCGGACGGCGGGCUGAUUUUCGCACCGAUUGCAACGGUGCACUCUUGUUUCACGGAGUGUGUUGGGACUCCUCGACAGGGCCAGUUCGCCCCGUCUACCCGUGCCUUACUGGUGUUCGACAAGGGGUCGGUGUCGCCCGUCUCGCUGGACGGGGUGGAGGAAUUCAGCCACGUGUGGGUCUUCUGGGCGUUUCAUCUUAACACAAACCAGAAGGACGCGCGGGCGCACGCCGGCAUGCGCCCGGACAGCCGCGGUCACACGUUUCCGGCGAAGGUCUCACCGCCGUUUUUGAAGCGGCGUGUUGGAGUGUUUUCGACGAGGACCCCGCACAGACCAAACCCCCUCGGCGUGAGCCUCUGCAAGGUGGAGGAGGUAAACGCUGCCGAAAGAUCCAUCAAACUCUCCGGGGUGGAUCUUGUGGACGGGACGCCUGUCUUCGACAUCAAGCCUUACGUGCCGGACUACGACCGUCCUCGCGCGAGAGACGGCCCUGUCUCGGUGGGGACAGGGGACGGGGACGAUGGAGUACGCGUGGCGGCUUGGGUGGAGGCAUCGGUAAAGCACCGGCGAGCGGUGCAAUGGGCGCCCGAUGCGGAGGUCCAACUGGAGGAGGCGUGCAGUGACAGGCGAAGGAAAGGAGACGGGCCGCGAAUGCGGUUUUUCAGUGGAGAUCACGAGGGGGCCAAGAUGGCCAUCACUGAGAGCCUGUCCGUAGACGUGCGAAGCAUCCGAAAGACCCGGGAGGCUGUCGUGGCGCCGUCUUGUGUCCUCCUGUUCGACGGCCUCCGCGUGGAGUUCGCCACCACCGUUUCACUCUCCAUCGCUACGGCAGCCUCGUCGACGCCGUCGUCAUCACUAUCUGGGGGCUCCGCGGCUGCUGCGACGUCUGAAGUGGAAGGUACCGAGGGGGUCCCGUGUGUCUCGCCGAGGGGCGACGAUCGGGAGGCCACUGGCGGAGGAAGAAACUCGUCUCCCCCGCCGGUGUCGGUAGAGACAAUCCGAGUGUUGUCGGUGGAGGUGGACGAAAGCCGCUGCUAA